CCCAGUGCAGAGCUCUCUGUCACACAGCUGGCCCUGCUCCCUUUCCAAGAUGCUGUUUUGGCACAACCAGCCGGAGCACCUGUGGCCCAGUCCUGGGGAACUGUACCCCGGACCUCCAAGCAGCCUGCUCAGGGAGUCCCUGCCCUUGCCCUACCUGAAGCAGGAAGAGCUGCCCAACAUCCCCGGCACGGAGCCUCCCUGCCCUGCAUUCCAAUAUGUGCUCUGUGCAGCCACCUCGCCGGCCAUGAAGCAGCAAGAGGAGACCCUCACCUACCUGAACCAGGGCCAGUCCUAUGAGGUGCGGAUGCUCUGGAACCCCAAGCUGGGUGAUACCACCCAGUGCCCCCAGGUGCUGAAGAGCGUGGUGCGUGUGGUGUUCCACGACCGGCGCCUGCAGUACACGGAGCAGCAGCAACUGGCAGGGUGGAGAUGGAGCCGGCCUGGGGACCGCAUCCUGGACAUUGAUGUGCCCCUGUCCAUGGGGGUGAUAGAACCCCAAGUCCUGCCCUCACAGCUCAACAUGGUGGAGUUUCAUUGGGACCCAACCAAGAGGACCUCCCUCUUCCUACAGGUUCACUGCAUCAGCACUGAGUUCACACCUCGGAAAAAGGGUGGAGAGAAAGGCGUUCCCUUCCGCCUCCAGAUCGACACUUUCAAGCCCAGUGACAAGGAGCUUCCGCCCGAGCACCUGCAUUCGGCUGGCUGCCUCAUCAAGGUGUUCAAGCCCAAAGGAGCUGACCGGAAACUGAAAACUGACUGGGAGAAGAUUGAGAAACAGCCUCUGCAUGAGAGACACAAGUAUCAGGUCGCCUGUGAGAGCACGGUCUUCGUGGAGUGUCCACCGUGGCCAGAGCCCAGUGCAGAGCCCCACUCGCCUCUCAGCCCUCAGGCUCUGACAUCCCCCUACUCCUGUAAGCUCCUGUCCCCAGAGAGACUCUGCUCCUCACCACCAUUCGCCUUGGACACCUUGGGGGGCAGCCCAGCUGAAGAUCUGAACCCUGGAGCCUCCAUCCUAGAGACGCAGCAGUGGUUGCAUCGACACCGGUUCUCCAGCUAUUGCCGGAUGCUGGCCAAUUUCACUGGCACUGAUCUGCUGAAGCUUACCCGCCAGGACCUUAUCCAGAUCUGCGGGGCUGCCGAUGGGAUCCGCCUUUUCAAUACUCUUAGAGACAGGCCCAUCCGUCAUCGGCUGACUUUAUAUGUGGCUCAGGAGGCCUCUAGGCAAGAGAACGAGGUUCCUGAGAACCCCGACUCAGGCUUUUACCAAGAAAUCUCUCUGAAUGAACUCAGUGCUGUGGAGCUGAUGGGGAAACUGGCGGAGCGCUUGGCUCUCCCAGCCAAUCAGAUCCACCGCCUUUUCCACCAGGGCCCUGGGGGCAUCCUCAUUCUCCUCAGUGACCAGGUAAAUGGGCAGCGGUGCCCUGCAAGGCCCCACAAAGGCCUUGAUCACUCAUCCACCUCAGGCCCAGUUUCCCUCUCCCUGCCCUAGCUUAUUCUGUUUGGCUCUAAGAACAGAACUGCCUUAGUGACCCCUUCUCCCUUGCAGGUGGUUCAGAAUCUUAAGGAUGAAUCAUACUUUGUGGCUGUGGUGAAGAAAGUGCAGAAUCCAGAUGGCUACUACCUGGUUCUGACCUAGGCCCAGGGGCACCCUGCUGCAAGGAGACCAGUGCCAGCCUGGUUCUCUGGAGCCCUGUGUUCACCAGAAGCCUUGUUAAAAUCCUCGGCUGCUUCACUGGGCUCCAGCUGAAGAGCCCAACUGUCAUGUGUCCUACCCGUGGGGAGGAGGCAAGCAGCCCCCAGGCUCACCUUUCUUUCUGCUCAGCAGCAACAGUUGUUGGAACCCAGGACACAGCCCAAGCUGAGCUGAGAUGGCCAAAGCUGUGAGGAAAAAAGCCUGGUGAUAUGGAUAAGGAGCUUCUGCCCCAACAGUGCUGCUGAAAACUGAGUGUUUUAAUUCGUAUUUAAA